GCGGUUCCACCGGCUGCAGCGGACAUUCGGGCCCAAGGGAAAGAAGAAAAUGUGGAUUUACUACAACGAGAUGGCAUUUCUGAUACCGCACAUCGAACCCAGAGACUACAAGAUGUCCGGAGCCUUCGACGGUGCCGAAUUCAACGACGAGUGCAACGCGGACAUGAUGGACAACAACAGCCGGACGGCCGCCGACACCCAUGCCGCCGACAUGGUGUCCAUCGCGUCCGACAUGUGCGAGGCCGAGUUGACGACGCCGCCGAUCGGCAGCGCGCCCGGGUGCCAGUGCUUCAACGGCAUCGGUCUGCACGUGCCUCAGGAACCGUCGGCCAUGAUGAUGAUGGAACCGGGCGGCGUGGUCGGCGGUGGCGUCAAGCGCAAGGGGUCGGACGACUCGUCCGAUUCGGCCACCGACUCGGACGAACACUUCGCGCUCAGUUGCGUCGCGUCGCUGCGCCGCCUGCCAAUACGGAAAAACGCCGAAAUGCGCAUGAGGAUCUUGCACAUGCUCUACGAGGCCGAGUAUGGCGAAGAGCUAGUUUUGCGAUGAAUUCACUCGCGUCUAUAGUCGUGAUUUUUAUAUUUUUCGCGACUUUUGUACAUAAUGUUUCACUAUUAUUAUUAUUAUUAUUAUUAUUAUUAUUAUUAUUAUUUAGUACACUGCUAUAUAGUAAUUAUAUUCUUAUUUUGACAUGCAUAUUAUGUUGUAUUGAUGUAUAGCUGAUGAUGUAUAAUUUUAGGGCCAAAACUAUUUUACUUACCUGUAAUAUUACAUUGUGGCAAUUGUAUACAAUUUAAGUGAUUUAUUUGUAAUGAUGAAAAAUAAAAAAAAUAAAAACAUAGAAUU